GGCCGGUCGGGCACCUGGGCCACCGUCUGCCCCGGGUUGGCCGCAGAGGCGGUGGGUAGCGAGCGGGCAUGAGCGCGUCCGUGAGCCGGGCGGCGGCGGCUCUGCUGCGCUGGGGGCGCGGCGCGGUCGGCGGCGGCCGCCUGCCAGGGAUCGGCGUGCGGGCGGCGAGCUCGGGCGGCCAGGCGGAGCAGCUGGACGCGCUGGUGAAGAAGGACAAGGUGGUGGUGUUCCUCAAGGGGACGCCCGAGCAGCCCCAGUGCGGCUUCAGCAACGCCGUGGUGCAGAUCCUGCGACUGCACGGCGUCCGCGACUACGCGGCCUACAACGUGCUGGACGACCCGGAGCUGCGGCAAGGUAUUAAAGACUAUUCCAACUGGCCUACCAUCCCGCAAGUGUACCUCAAUGGCGAGUUUGUGGGGGGCUGUGACAUCCUUCUGCAGAUGCACCAGAAUGGGGACCUGGUGGAGGAACUGAAAAAGCUGGGGAUUCGCUCUGCCCUGAUAGAUGAGAAGAAUGAAGACUCAAAGUGAGGACUCCGGGUCCUCGCCGAGCAGAGCGCCCUCCCCACCACAUUCGCUGCCAGAAAAGCCUUACCGAGUCGGUCCUUUUGCUGUGGCUGCUUGCGCUGGGCCUCCUGGCUGGCAGGCAGGCAGGCCGUUUUAUUGGUCUUUGGCUCAGAAUACCGUGUGGUGAACUUCCUUAUAACCACUGCUCUGUAAACCAGCAUUGUAAUCCGGUGUUGCUGGAACCCAAAUUGGUUCUUUUAUUGUGUUUUAUUUUCUGCCUGGUCAGGAGUCAUUCCUGAUGCUCUAAGUGGGUUGGGUUGUAAAGAUGGCAACCCCCCUGGUGUUUUUGUAACUUCUUCUGUAAGGGAAAUGAUGAACAGAGAAGAAAAAGUGAUGGCUGGAGUGUUGUUGUUUUCUAAAUAAAUUGCCAGCACAGA